ACGUUUAUAUUAUCAUUACCUAAGUGCGGUUUCACUCAAAGGCUACAUUAUCUAAGUAAUAAAGCUAUAGUUAAGUAAGCGCACACGUUUCACUUAGAAUGUGUUAAUUAAUUUAUUUAUUUUAGAGUUCUAAAAAAAGUUUUCGUUAAAGAAAACAAAAAGGGGUUCUUGUUCAAACACUCUAGAUUAAAGGUGAUAAUCAUUAAUCAAAAGUGAAAUUUCUUAGCAGCUUUAGAAUAUGUCGGAAAACCCAACCAAUGGAAAUAAUCCGCAAAGUUCUUUGUCUGAACUGUUAGAUGAUGCCCUAAAAGACUUUGAAGAACCAUCUCAGCCAACACCAGUAACAGAUACAGAAGUACCAACUCAACAAAAUCCCGAUAUUUUUUUGAAAGAAAGUCUUGAAGAAACUAUGAAAAAAUUCAUGGAUGGAGAUCAAGCAGAAUUAGCAGCUGGUCUACAAGAAUUUAUGAUGGGCGAUGCUGAUUUUGAUUUCCAAUCAGUUAUUCAAGAUUCACUUAAGAGUCUUUCUGAAGCUAAAGAAAAUUUGCCUGAAGGAAGUGAUAUGAGUUCUAUGUUUGCAAAUAUGGGAUUAGGCGAUGAUAUUAAUUUAGAUGAAGACAUGUUACCAAUGAUGAUGCAACUUUUGCAACCAUUAUUUAGUAAAGAUGUUUUAUAUCCUUCUAUAAAAGAUUUAUGUGAUAAAUUUCCUCAGUGGUUAGAAGAUAAUAAAUCUAUUCAAGCAAAAGAAGAUAUUGAUAGAUACUCAAAAAUGUUUGAACUUAUGAAAGAAGUUAGGGAUCAUUUAGAAACCCAAGGUGAAAAUGAUGAUGAAGUCACAAAACUAAGAAAGUUUAAAGAAUUAAUGGAAAUGCUCAAAAAUAUGCAAGAAUGUGGUCAGCCACCUCAAGAACUACUUGGAGAUGCUGGCGGACCCAUUAUGCCUGAUAGUAUGGCUCAAUGUAGAAUAAUGUAGUUAUAAUUAUUAAAUCUAAUUUGUUUUCAGUUAAAUAAAUUAAGACUGAGUUUCUUUUUUUAAGUUAUAGAAGUUUUUAUUUAAAUAAUAAUUAUAAAAUUAUUGAUAUAUUUUUUUUUAAUUAUGUUAUAUUUUUGUUAAAAAUUUAAACUCAAUACAUGAUAUUUGACAUUUAAUGUAAAUUUUGUUUAAAAAAAAAAUUAACUUGUAUUCAAGUGUAUUUUAAAUAAAUAAUCUAUUAUUGAAAUAUGUAUUACCAAAUAAAUGUUCGUAAAAUUUAUAUCAUUACAAUAUUAUUAACUUGUUAAAUCAAAUUUUGUGACUGUGACAUAGAAAAUGGAUAUAUUUAAUAUUUUUUAUGAGUUAUUUUCUCCAAUAUUUAUUUUUAACUUGUAGUUUAAAUGAUAAUUUAUUUAUUAAAAAUAAUAUGAGGUGUUGCUACUUAUUUGUAGAAUUAUGUUUAUACAUAUUUGUUAUGAAUUUUACUUUGAGUCAACUCAAAUGUUUAAUUAUAAUCAAAUAUUUAUACUACUUUUAGUAUUUUUAUUUAUUACUUAAAUUUAAACAGGGUUAUUUUAUAUUAGUAUAGAUAAUGUAGAAAUUUAGGCUUAAAAACAAUCAUUGUUAUUACUUAUUUUUUAUUAUGGUGUACUGAAUAAAGUUUUAAAAUUAUUUAUAUAUUUUUUAAUUUAUAUAAUUGUUUAACAUAAAAAUUAUAUACUUAUACAUUUUAGCUUUAAUGCGAAGCUGAGAAUGUAUUAAUUUACCAUGAUGUA